AUUUGAUAACUUGCUAAUCCUGGAGUUUUUAUAAAGAGUAAUAAAACAUUAUGAUAGGAGAGUUAAGUUUGUGAGUUGGCACACCUUAAACGUGAAAUAUAAAUAGUGCAUUAUGUUCUCCAACUCCAGAACGCCAAAUCGCAAACACCUUCAAAGCAUGAUGAAGAAAAAGUGCAGUUCAGGUCGGCAAAGGAUUCCGAUUGAGAAAAUACCAAAAAAGAGUCACUUACAAGUAACAUUUUCGAAGCGUCGUUCGGGACUCUUCAAAAAAGCGAGUGAGCUCUGCACACUCUGUGGAGUAGAAAUCGCAAUCAUCGUUUUCUCUCCCGCGGACAAGGCCUUUUCGUUCGGCCACCCGCAAGUUGAAUCCGUCGUUGAUUCUUACGUAACUUCAAACUCAUCACCAGAGUAUAAUCGCAGUGGUGGAGGUCACCAACUCGUUGAGGCUCAUCGCAGUGCUAAUAUUCGUAAUCUCAACGCGCAACUCACUCAGAUUGUUAACGAGCUAGAGAUGGAGAAAAGGCGAGGAGAAGAGCUGGAUCGAGCGUGGAAAACGAGACAGAGCCAAUUCUGGUGGGAGAUCCCCGUUAACGAACUUGGAUUGCAAGAGUUACAGCAUUUGAUGUUUUCGUUGGAGGAACUGAAAAACACUGUUGCAAAAUAUGCUACUCAAAUAAUGUCCAUGGACCAAACUAGUAUUGGGCCAACAGUUACUGGACCCGGGCCCAUUGGAUUUACCCUUGGGCCUUACGAUGCCUUCGACACCAAACAUGCUGAUAUUUACGCUAAUGCCCCCGGUCUGAGCUUUCCAUAUUAA